AUGGCUUUAGACGCCUACAUAGAUCGAACUGAACAAGGGCAAUACCGCCUAACCAAUCAUUACAGGUCUUCUAUCUAUACAUUCAACAGCUUUCUUAAGAAUACUAUGUUCGACUUCAGUAAUCUAAUCUACAACUCUGGUUCAAUGCGGAAUCUCAACGAUGGAAAGAAUCUUCAACAACAAACAAAUACCUGUCAAAAUGACAUCUCCUUGUAA